UCGAUCUCGUGCGCCGGGCAGGCGGCGGCGGCAGUCAACAGUCCGAUCGCGACGAUCCGGUUCGCGGUCUGGUGAACGCAGCAACAACCGCCGGCGCUCCUCUUCCUCGGCGCACUAUCCUGCGCACGCACCCCGUGGUCGCAUCAUUCGUCGCUAUAGCCGUUCCGCUGCUAUUAUCAUCAUGUUUUACCGUCGGGCCGCAACGCGCUGACUGUUACCGCCGUGCGCUACCGACCGACCGACCACUGUGCAAAACUACUUUUUUAUACAUACGUACAUGUACAUGUAAUCUUUGUCGCGCGUGAUAAGAAAAAAAAAAAAAAAAAAAACCUAUUCGUUUUUACCGUAACGCGCUCCGACCCUCUCGCACGGGGUCGAGCAGUAACUGUCCGUCUAAGAUUCCGCUGUUCCGUCGACUGGAAGACAUCAUCGCUUCCGUGCCGUAGUGCACACCCGUGCAUGUUUCGUCGUCGACCCGCCGCGACAUGAGCCGAGGCAGUAGCGACGAUGGAGGUGGCGGUGGUGGCGAUACAGACGCGGGUCGGAGCGACGACGAGCGUUCGUUGUCCAGCGACAGUAGUGGCGGAGGCGUUGGCAACAGGAGCCGGAGCAGGAGCAGGAGUAGCAGCAUAAUCAGCAACGGCGACAACAACAAUGGCAAAAAGGAAUCGGUGACGGCCAACGACGGCGACGGUGGCAUCAUCAGCCCGAGCGGUAUGAACGCCGGCUUCAACUUUUUCGAGUCCCCUGCCAACGCGGCCGCCAUGCCGUACAACUUGGAAGUGCGCAAUGCCGGUGCUGGUGGAGUGUGGACCAAGACCCAACUCCCUAAGGGCGUCAAGUACGGACCGUUUCUAGGCAAGUGGGGACCGAAGCCUGUGGACUCGCGGUUCGCCUGGGAGGUCCGUGUUGCUGGAUACUCGGGAUAUUUGGACGGCACGAUCGAAAUUUAUAACUGGCUGAAAUUCAUCCGGUCGACCAACGACAGCAGUAGACAAAACGUUCGGGCGUUUUUACUGGCCGGUCAGAUAUUUUACGAAUUAACACACACGGUCAGAGCUUCCGAAGAACUACUAUUGGGCAAGAGAGAGCCGUUAAACUUAGAUGCGGCAUUCGGAGAACUAAUGGCCACGUCAGAGGAUCGAAGUGAAAGGGAUUCAGUCGUCGCGUCGCAGAACUCGUUGGGUUCCAUCGACGGGGACGGGGACGUGGACGUGGAUGCCGAGGAACCGGACGAGGACGACCAAAACCGAUGUAUCCAGUGCGAGAAGUGCUUCCCCGACAUUGAACAGUUGGACGAUCACUUGGUGUCCGGGCAUCACUACAAGGCCAACCAGUACGGGUGCGAGUUGUGCCCGCAAGCGUACAGCUGGAAACCGUGUCUGAUCAGGCACUUGGCGCUCGCGCACAGCCGGAAGUUCACGUGCGAGACGUGCUCGAAGGUGUUCAGCGACCCCAGUAACCUGCAGAGGCACAUCAGGACCAACCACGCGGGGGCCCGGUCGCACGCGUGCUCCGAAUGCGGCAAGACGUUCGCCACGUCCAGCGGGCUCAAGCAGCACACGCACAUCCACUCCAGCGUGAAACCGUUCCAGUGCGAGGUCUGCUUCAAGGCCUACACUCAGUUCUCGAACCUGUGCCGUCACAAGAGGAUGCACGCCGACUGCCGCAUGCAAGUCAAGUGCGAUCGUUGCGACCAGUCGUUCAGCACGGGCACGUCGUUGUCCAAACACAAGCGGUUCUGUGAGUCCAACUCGUUGCCCACGUCCAGCAGUUGCGGCGCGCCCGUCGCGCCGAACAUGUCGCAGCAGCACCACCACCACCAGCAGCAGCAGCAGCAGCAGCAGCAGCAGCAGCAAUCGUCACCGUUCUCCGUGUACCCCAGGUUCCACCCGUACCCACCGCAUCCGCUCGUCCACCCGCUAUACUUCCCGCCAGCCAACGGGUCGCUGCCGCUGCCGCUGUUCCACGGGCCGUUCGCCGCGCUCGGCCAGUUCGUGCCCAAGCUGAACAUGGACAUGCUGUCCAUGUCCGCCGGUGGCGGUAGCAUGUACGAGAUGAACCGGCACAAGCAGGCCGGUGAUUCAGAGGAGCACAACGAGACGCCGGCCAAGAAGACGUCGACGGACGCGGACCGCGGCGCGUUGCAGAAGACGCCGCCGUCGUCCGUGCCGAUGGGCUCGAGCAAGACGUCGCCGCUGGUCGGCGAGGAGGCGUCGUCCAACCAGCGGCCGUCGCCGGCCCGGCCCAACGUGACCACGUACCCCGACCCGAAGGUGAUCAAGCACGAGCGGCCGGCCGCGGACGGCGAGUGCACCGGGCCGUGCGACCUGUCCGUCGGCACGGACAUCGGCGUCAAGGAGCGCGCCGCCGACGAGGACACCGGGGACAACGGCAGCAGCAGCCCGAAGCGUCGGCGGGCGCAUACGCCCGCGGCCGCGGCGGACAGGUGCGAUCAGCCGCUGGACCUAUCGGUGACGUGCAAGGACGAGCGCUGGAAAUGCCCGCCCGCCAACGGCACCGGUGCCGACGCCGAGCCGACGGUACCCCGGUUCACGGACAGCCCACCGCUGCUUCCGCCGCCGCUGUCGUCGUCGUCGUCGUCAUUCAAAGAGGACCCGCCGUCCGGUCGGGAGUCGCGCCGCAAGUGGUCUUCGCCGUCCGCGCUGCCACCGCCGUCCUCGCCGUACUCGGUCAGCAACCUGAUGGCGCAGCCUAAGCCGCUGUACCUGGACUCGAUGUACUCGGCCGCGACACUGUCCAACUUCGCGGCGGCCACGGCCGACGGCCAAGGGCUCAUGCAGACGCACCAGACGUUCGGCCAAGCAGCAGCGGCGGCCGCAGCGGCUGCCGCGGCCGCGGCCGCUGCGUCCCGACCGUUCUCGUUCAUGAUGUCCAACCCGUCGCCGGCCAUCGAACACUUUCUGCGGCACUCCUCGCCCAUGCCCAACUACCCGAAAGCGUACCAAGACAUGAUGCACCAGCAGCAUCAGCACCAGCAGCACCAGCAGCAGCAGCAGCACCAGCACCACCAGCAGCAGCAGCAGCAGCAGCACCACCACCAUCAGCAGCAGCAGCAGACGGGCGGAGGCGGCGCGGUCAAGUCCAAGGACCGGUACGCGUGCAAAUACUGCGGCAAAGUGUUCCCGCGCAGCGCCAACCUGACGCGGCACGUGCGCACGCACACGGGCGAACAGCCGUACCGGUGCGCGCACUGCGAACGCUCGUUCAGCAUCUCGUCCAACUUGCAGCGGCACGUGCGCAACAUACACCGGCAGGAGCGAAACUUCAAGUGCGGCCUGUGCAACCGGCGGUUCUCGCAGCAGACCAACCUGGACCGGCACGUGAAGAAGCACGAGGCGGACGACGGUACCGCGGUGGGCACGGUCACCAGCAGCUCGGCCAGCAGCGUGGACGAGAAGGAGGACCCUCGGCUGUUCGAGAUCCGCAGCUUCAUGAAGAAGGUGACGGACACGUCGGCCGCCUCGGCCGCCGUGGCCGCUGCGGCCGAGAUGCGCAACAAUAACAUCGACCCUUGUCUGCCAGACGACGGGUUGUACGCGGCCGCGCACUUAUGACCCGCAGCCCCGCCGCUCUACCUGAACUGGGCCCGUUGACGUUCGCGUAACGUAGCCGAAGUAGUUUAUACGAUCAUCAUCGUCUUAUUUUGUCCGUUCCUCCAUCGCCUCUCCCCACAUACCCACACACAUUCACACGCGUACACGCACCGAUCGAUCCUCGUUUAUUGCACUCUCACAGGAUCCCGUCGUUUUUCCUUCGUCUCAAUAUCUCCUCUCUCUCUCUCUCUCUCUCUCUCUCUCUCUCUCUCUCACUCAAUCACUCUCUCUCUCCGUUCGGAAAUCCGACGUCGUUAUCGAUGAUCCGCAAUUAACGAUUCGCUGCCGCCGCUGUUUAGCCGCUGUUUUACGAUGCCUUCUUGUACACAUAGAUUAUGUAUAUUAUUGAUAUUUUUCGCUCGCACCAAAGUAGACAUAUUAUUAUUAUUAUUAUUUUUAUUGAUAC